GGCUGUAUUCCUACUGAUAAAGAACCAUUAUAAACAUAAUUCCGUUCCGUAAAGUGGUCCUGAGACAUGAAUGAACAUUCAGUUUGUUGCAGAUCGCGGGUUGAAGAACAUCUUCGAGAAAGCAGUCGAGUGAAGCGAGAACAGUGCGUACGCUUACUAGUGGAAGCUUGCUUAGCCAGCGAUAGUAGAUAGCCAUUCAAGUGAUCUCACAUAGUGGAACGACCGGAAACGAACACAGGUUCUUAUCAGUGAGCCUGUGAAUACCAUCAUAAUAACGAUAACAACUCGACGCGACGUGUUGAGCAGCGCAGAAAUUCAAGUGUGGGGCAUGCGUGUUUCCGCAUUACGCCAGGCGCCAUGCUGUCUGGCGCUGUGCAUCAUCUUACUCAACUUUGCCGUUGUAUAUACAGAGGAUGGCGAGCCCCCAUUAUCGUCAUCUGUUUCGCCGUCCACCAUAGACGAGUACCAGGAGUACGAUGAACCAAUGCCGGCUGGCGCCGUAGAAUCUCCGUUUCAGGAACCGCCAGUGAGCAGUAUUCGAGAUAUGUUAUCGUUUCGUAAUUUUGCGGUUGACAGCAAUGGUUCACAGGAGGGGCUUACUAUGAGCAACGAAAUAAUCAAGAACGAGAACUCGGUUAUCAAAGGCAAGGUCGACCGUUUGAGUGGGACAUUCAAGAAGAGCGUAGAGAAAAUCAAAACAAAACAUAAACGAGUUGACAUAGUGUUUCUUAUUGAUGCCAGUUCCAGCGUGGGCAAAGCAAAUUUCUACAGCGAGAUCAAAUUUGUGAAAAAACUGCUGUCCGAUUUCAAUGUCAGCUACAACUACACGCGAGUUGCGGUCAUCACGUUUAGCUCGCAGAUGAAAAUUUUUCGUCAUAUUGAUCAGAUAUCAACCUCUGUAGAAGACAACGAUAAAUGCCUUCUAUUGAACUAUCAAAUACCGAAAAUAGAUUUCAGUGGCGGAGGCACUUACACGUACGGCGCUCUGAAAGAAGCGGAAGAAAUAUUUCAAAAUGCACGAACGGACAGUAAGAAGAUAAUAUUUCUCAUCACCGAUGGUUUCUCGAAUGGUCGCGAUCCAAUUCCGUUAGCAGAGUCUCUAAAGCGUAACAAUGUGACGAUUUAUUCAAUAGGAAUACAGAGUGGAAACUAUGCGGAGCUGUAUAACAUGUCUAGCUCACCUGGUGAUACCCACAGCUUUCUUCUUGACAGUUUUGAUCAUUUUGAAACGUUGGCCCGAAAAGCAUUUCACAGCGAUUAUAAAACUGGGGAAAACAUAAGCGUCAACUCUACACUUUGUGAUGUGCUUUGCUUGGACAAUGAGAAGUUGGUCAAUAGUACCUGUUGCGAUAAAAACGCCACAUGUAGCUGUAGCACUAGUUCAGGUCACUAUUCAUGCGUCUGCCAACCGGGAUACUCUGGCUCUGGACUGCGUGACAAAUGUCAACCAUGUGCCAAUGGAACCUACUGGGAUGACGCCGGGAAGUGUCGGCAAUGCCCUGAUGUCAAUCACAUUACGCUGGUUAUUCCAGCUAUGAGCGUCAGUGAUUGCGUUUGUAAAGGUGGAUACAAACCAGGUGACUCUGGGAGAUGUGAGGUAAUUACUUGCCCUGAAUUAGCACCCCCUGAUAAUGGAUACUUUGUGAAGCAACCGAAUGCAUGCAGCCAAGUUCUCAAUGCGGCAUGCGGAACUAGAUGUCAACCAGGGUACCAGUUAGUUGGAGACAGUAUUCGACUGUGCCAGGAGAAUGGUGUAUGGUCUGGUAAUGAUCCAAAGUGCGUCCUUAAGACAUGUCCACCGCUAAAAAUCCCAUAUUACGGACUCGCUGUUUGCAAAAAUCCAGACUUGAAUCUGCAUUUCGAUUAUUCGCCGAGGAACAAAUCUUUUUUCUUGAACUACAGUGCAUCGUUGGAGCGCUCUACUGAACCCAUGCCAAUCGAUACCGAUUGCUCUUUUAAAUGUGGACAUGGUUUUUAUCUCGCUGGCUCCAGCAGCAGGAACUGUUUGCCUCUAUCCAAGUGGGAUGGCCUACAAACUUCGUGUAAACAAAUUCUAUGUUCACCUCUACCAGUGAUUCCAUUUGGUGAAUAUGAUCCAACGGAUUGUGCCGAGCAAAAAUCAGCUCACGGUUCGAACUGCACAUUGGUUUGUAAUUUUGGAUUUGAACUCAAAGGCGGGCCCUCGACAAAAUCUUGCGGAGGAAAGCGGAAUGGUGUGUGGACUCAAAAGACAAAGACACCUCGCUGCGUAGAUGUUACACCGCCGCAUCUUUUGUGCCCAAACAACUACACCUUGCCAAUGCACGAUGACUUCAGCUUUGCCCUCGUUAAGCAGCUGAACCGGCCAUACGUUUUCGACAACGGUGGCGAUAAUUUCACAUUUUGGACAAAACCAGCAAUCAAAGCCACUGGAACAAAGCUGCACAAUGGUACUCAUUUGUUUACGUACGUAGCAGUUGAUUCAUUCAAAAAUAAGGCCAAAUGUAACUUUACAGUUACCGUGAUAGAUCAGACAGCUCCUGUGAUUGAAAACUGUAACGACCCAUCCCCGUUUUACAUAUCUUCACAAGAAAACAAUAACGAGACAUUGAUUAGUUGGGAUGAGCCUAUCAUAUUUGAUAAUUCUGAAGACAAUGUUACAGUAACUCGUAGUAUGGACUUCGGGUAUUUCAAUGUUGGGUAUUACCAAGUAAUUUAUAGAGCAGAAGAUACCUCGGGCAAUGCUGCUGAAUGCCUACUCAACAUUACCGUUAAAGAGUAUAAAUGCGAGAACCUUCCUUCACCUCCAAAUGGCCAAACGGUAUGCGCGAAAAAUUCUUCUCAUACGUGGUGUGAAGUUUCAUGUUUCUUUGACCACACAUUCCAUGACCGAGAAGACAAUUCAGCUAUCUUAUUUUGUGACAACCGUAAUCCCAAAUGGCUGAACGAUACAAUUCCUGAAUGCACGGCGAUCGAAAAACCUACUGCUGUGGAAGAAGUUAUAACAAUCAGUCUUGGUACGGAUACAGACGAACUGUGUGGCGAUGGGGAUGCUCAAGAUGAGCUGGAGGAUGUUUUCACCAACAGUAUGAGGGAGCACUUAUGUGGAUCGCAGGAAGACUGUAUAAUAACCACAGAGCUGCCUGCGUGUGCUGACAAUGCACCACAGCCCGAUGAAAAAUCAAAGUAUCAUAUUGUGAAACGAGAGGCCAGUGGAGAGAGCCGCACUAAAGGGCGAAGGCAGAACGUUAAACGAGACGAUCGAGCUACUAUAAAAAUUAAUGUGUAUACAAAGCUGUCCAAAAGACUUGGAUUGUGGAAGCAGGAUGGGAAGAAAUCCGAUAACAUCAAGAGGUUGAAGACCGAAUUACAAAAUAUCAACAACAACGACAAACUCAGGAAACGCCUUGGUGAACUAAACAUGGAUCUAAGCGUUUUAAAACUCGAUGAAUCGAUACGCUGUCCCGACGGCAGUGUGGCUAAGAAAUUGGUUUGUGUACAGUGUCCCCGAGGAUCAUAUCACAAUCUAACAACGAAUACAUGUAUUUCCUGCGCCAUUGGGAGCUAUAAUGAGCUAACAGGUCAGACCAGCUGUAUCCAAUGCCCAUUGAAUUAUUCAACCAGAAAGCUCAAUAGCAAGCAUUCCUCAGAAUGUAAGCCUCAAUGUCCUCCUGGCACCAUUGCGAAGCUGAAGCUCAUGAAAAAGGAAAAACUACAAAAGUACCACAAAAGCUUGAUGCCGUUCUGUCGAAAGUGCGAUCCCGGAGAGUACCAAGGGCUGUACAACCGAAUAAACUGUGAUAAAUGCCCACAGGAUCAUACUUCUCAAAGAGGUUCAACUUCGAUAAAGGAUUGCUUCCCGAAGUACUCGAAACCAUGUUCGACUGAGUUCUCCGUUUGUGGAACACAUGGGAAAUGCAUGCCGGAGCCUUCGAAUAAUGAACUGUAUAGUUGUCUGUGCGAAGAAGGAUUCGUUGGAUCUCACUGCGAAAAGCAAUUGAGCGCUUGUGCUUCAGCACCAUGCUACAACUCGGGUUCAUGUGUUGCACUCAAUGCAACCUCAUUCGAAUGUAACUGCACUGGUCCCUACAGCGGUCCAUUAUGCGAGCGGUUCGAAGAUCCCUGCCGGCAAGACACGUGUUUGAAUGGUGGAUCGUGCGUUGAAAUUGGUGGAGUAUCAAUUUGCGAAUGUGCCCCGGAUUUCGAAGGUAGUCGAUGUGAAAUCAAGAGAAAUUUUUGUAUUCCCAAUCCCUGCGAGUACGAUGGAGUAUGUUCAAGCGUCGGAGUAGGCUUCAACUGUUCAUGUUCACCUGGUAGAAUGGGUAAACGUUGCCAUUUGAGACCUUGUGAUUACAUGCCAUGUCCGAUAAAUGCAAUUUGCGUAAAUGUUGAUAACGUAAGAGCAGAUAAGGGAAGCUAUCAAUGCGUUUGUCCAAAGGGAUUGAAAGGUAAUCUUUGCAAUGAAGUGGAUAACCCCUGUGAUCGAAACCCUUGCAGAAACAACGGAUACUGCAAGCCUGUUAAGCUUCGCAAUCCUAAGGUUACAACACAAAAAACAUAUUUGGAGAACGACGAAGUUUAUAUGAACGUAAUUUGUGAGUGUCCGCCUUACUUCUAUGGAGAAAGAUGCGAAAUUCUGACAACACCGGACUUUGUUAUGUCGUUCGAAAAAUCUGGCAUAAAUAAUUAUGUGGAAAUUGCGGGCCCUAUGCACAACUUAACUGAAAUUACGCUGUGCUCUUGGAUACAAACUAGUGAUGAUUUCAAUUAUGGAUCAGUAAUAUCUUAUGCUACACCCAGUAUGGAUAAUGCCUUCACCUUCACUGAUUACAGCGGUUUUGUUCUGUACGUGGCUGGAGAACACGUGAUCACCAAUGUACACAUAAACGAUGGGAAAUGGCAUUUUAUAUGCCUUACUUGGUCUAGCAGUAGAGGAUUGUACGAAAUAUUUCUCGAUGGAAAACUUCACACUACUGGAUAUGGAUUGAGCAGUGACAAAACGAUAGAAGCACAUGGUUUGUUCGUUAUAGGCCAAGAGCAAGAUUCAGUUGGGGGAGACUUCAGCGAGACGGAAUCAUUCGUUGGCAACCUUGCCUAUUUAGACAUGUGGAGCCGAGCGCUUACUGGAUAUGAAAUGAAAGAAUAUUAUUACAGUUGUGAACCAUAUCAGGGAGAUCUGGUGAAGUGGACUGAUUUAAAAUCUAGAAUCGUUGGAUCCGUAAAAGUUUCAAGGUCGGAGUUCUGUCGAGAGUGCGAAAGAAAUCUAACACUUCCUAAUGGUUAUGUGGACUAUGCCGAUAAUCGGGCAUAUUUACGGUGUGAAGAAGGAUACAAAUUACACGGACCUUCAGAAAUUGUAUGUUUGCGGACGUCAUGCUGGAGUGAUACAACCAGUUUUUGUAAAUUGAUUCGAUGUGGCUCCUUGACUUCCAUAUUGAAUGGCCGAGUGAUUAUGUCCAAAUCAAGUUACAGAGGAAUAGCUCGAUUCGUGUGCGAUGAAGGAUUUCAUCUUUCAGGAACAGAUAUGGCACGUUGUACUAUCCAUGGAAACUGGUCUGCACCGUUACCGGAAUGUAUAAGUAUGGUGAAAUGUCCAGCAUUGUCUGCCUUUGAUGGAGCCUACAUAAUCUAUGCAACCGAAAGCGGUGUACUCAAUCAACUUCACGACAACUAUGCAGUAGGAACUCUAGCUGAAGUACAAUGCAAUGAAGGGUAUUCUAUGAAUGGGGAAAACUUGUUAACGUGCUUGGACACUGGUUUUUGGGACCUGGUUGUUCCAGAAUGUACCGUCGAUGGUGUGGACAUCACAACGGAAAUAAUAACGACACCAAACGAGAUUAUGCCUAAAACCCCAAACAUUAUAAAAUUCAACAGAAAACCAGAUAUUCGUUUUUGGAAACAGUUAAGGGAUUAUCUAUUCUAUGGUUGCAUGCCCUUAGAUUCAAGGAAAAUAUCAGCGUUUUGUCAAAAACCAAACGCAUCGCAAGCCAAUUUGACCGAUUUAUCCACGUUUGAUUUACCCGUGUCGCAAGAUUAUCAGAAUAUGGACGUUAAAUUACUGGAAAGGCUUGCAAAGACAACAAAACCUGAUGCAGAUUUGAGAUUAGAGAAUCUGAUGGACUACAUUUUAUACGGCACGAAAGUACCGGAUUCAAAAUUCCUGAGACUUACAAAAGAAACAGAAAAUGCCUACCGUUUUGUGACAUGUCUAUUUAUCGAUAUCAUUAUGAUGGAUCGAGAAGUAACUUUCGACGAUGAAAUAUUUCUUGAUAUAAAUUCGAGAGAGAACACUAACGAUAAAAUCAAAAGCUUGCUCAAGAAUGUGGUUCAACCGAUAUAUGAAACGCUCCAGAAAGAACAAGACGAAAUUCGGCAACAGGAAAUGGAAAACCAACGAAACGCUCUAAAAAAGAUUAUAGCUCUUGCCGAAGCAGAGCGAAUUCUUUCUCAACGAUGUAGAUUGAGCUCGGUACCAGAACCACCAAUCGACAGUAAAAUAGUGGCCAUUGAGUCGAUUUCCAUUGAAACGGGAAUGAUCGAUUUACGCAUCGAGAAACUACGGAAACGUUCCGAUACGCUCGAGGUAGGAGCUAAAAUCAAGUACGUUUGUAAUUCUGGAUUCACCAUGAAAGGUGACGGUUAUGUAGAAUGUUCUAAAGAGGGCUAUUGGAGCCUUUCCAACAGUUUCUGCGAAGGAGUUAUUUGCGAACAACCCCCAGUACCACAGGGUAUGAUAAUUGCCGCCAGUUCUAUCGAUUCGCAAUAUUAUUAUGAUGAUGAAAUAGAGUAUCGCUGCCAGGAAGGCUAUGCCAUGCAGGGUCAUCCUAUUAUAAAAUGUGCAAUCGAUGGCAAAUGGUCGCCCAUUGUGGCGAGGUGCACUAAAAUAUCAUGUGGAAGACCAAAAACAUCGAGUACCGCAAAAAUUAUUUCAGGAAGUUCAUACCAAUUCGGAGAACAGUUGACGAUACUUUGCGAAGACAAAAGCAUCGUCGAUACCGAGUGUCAAGCCAAUGGAAAAUGGACAACAUUUAUUGAUUGCUGAAUUGUUUAGAUAUUUGAAAAUAAAAAGUUAUAUUUACA